AUGCCUGACAUAGCAAGGAGUUUCAUAUGGCGAAUUGUACGCCAUGUCGCAAUCAUCUUGCCCGCGGGGACUCUCCUUGGUGCUGGCGUUGCCUUGGGGUUACCUCCGCACCCUCACUUGGAUGCUGCAAUCUUCUUGUUGCUAGCCGUGUCUGCCGUGGUUUCUUUUCUCUUGCACGGGCCGGCCUUUCAGCAAGCCCGUCUCGGCACUAUCGCUGGUCUCGUUGCCCUUAGCUGCAUCAUUUCUCGGUCACACUGCUUCACGCAAUCCCCAAUGUCAAGAAUCGAGAUCAUGGUCGGGCUUCGAGAUUAUAUCCUGAAGAUGGCCGUAGUCACAUCCGUGAUAGCCAUGAGAUUGACGGCGAUGCCCAGAAACAGACAAGAAACCGCGGGAACAAUGGAGGAGGGAGAGCAUAUCUCACCCAGGGGCAUUGAGCGAUACAAAUCUCUGCGCAAUCUAAGCACAAGACUGUCCUGGGACUUGGCUUCCACCGUAAGCCAUGUAGGUCUACUCUCCAACAUAGGCUCAUUGGAUUUCAAGUUUAUGUCUGGACCCAAAUCCCAUGAUUCGGACUGUUCAUCUGGUAAAGACUCGGACAUUACACUGUCAUCUGAUAUGCAAGGCGAGCCGACCCGGAACAUGGAUAUCAUUGAAUGGACUACUGCCACAAGCCCUGCCAUAGGCUCUGUCACACUCGAAACCAUAGCAGACCCAUACUCAACGCAGACAAUACUGCAGAAGGAUACAGCGUAA